AUGGCGCAUAGUGGAAUUGAAAUUUCAUCUUUGGCUGCACGAUGUCACCAACUCUUUCAAAGGAUUUUAAAGGAUGAUGGAGAUAGCCCGCCUAUGCUCGCUCGGUUACUACAUGAGUCCCAAUAUCGAUUCAACGCUUUAAGUUCAUAUCUCGAGAAGCAAUUAUUUCUUGAUAUACUUGAAUUAUUGAGAAGGAACUCACAGUUCUUAUUAGAAGACUCGCGUCGUAAAACUAAAAAGCGGGACUCGACAGGGGACUCUGUCAAUUAUUCGAGGGAAAAUCAGGGUCUGGAAGAGAUAUACAAUGCAAUUCACCGUUCGAUAGAUCGCCUUGAACGUCUGGGAGUAGCUAUCCGCCGGUCUUCUACUUCCGGACUCCGCCGGAGAGUCGAGGCCUUCUCCAAGAGGAAGGCAAAGGCUUCCUUCGAAGAAUUGGCUAUACAAAUUGUCAAAUCACUCUAUCCUAGUGCCCCUGAAAGCCUGACAUGUUACCUCGGUCGAAACAUAUUCUUACGAUAUGCCAGAUUGAAAUAUAAAGAGGAACAUCAGAAAAAGCUUUCGUACAAGCAGCAUGACCUCUCUGAUAUGGAAGAGAGUGACGAAGAGACUCUUCCAGUACCAGCAGUGAAGAAUGACACGCAAGCCCAACCAUUUACCAGUCGAGACGAGGUCGGCGUAGUGAAGCCAGAUGACGACACUGAGGUGGAUAACGUGAAUAUCAUAGAAAAAGAACCUGAUAUUCGACCAUCUGAUACAGCGCCGUCUACGUUAAAAGAGACUCUCAAAUGGCCUACCGCCCCUAGCAAGACGUCAUCAGACUUAGUUCUUGGUGCCAGGUAUCCUAGGCCGCCGGCAGUCGAAUAUGCUCCCGGUUUGACACGGUGCGAAUGGUGUUUCGAAUGCUAUACUACAGCUCAGUUCAGAGACACCAGAUGGUGGAAACGGCAUGUUAAUAGAGAUCUCAUCCCCUACGUAUGCCUCUCUGAAGAUUGCUCCGACUCCAUGGUUCAGUUCGAUAGGUUUGAAGACUGGAAAGCACACAUGGAUGAUUGCCACUCAACAGAAUGGACAGAAAGGGUUCACUCCCAGAAAUGGGCCUGUGACAUUUGUCAUCCAGAAUGCGAAUUUCCCAGUUCAAAAUUUAUGGAAGAGCACAUGCAUGAGAUGCACGGAGACGUCUUCACAGAUAUCCAGAUAGAAGUCCUCACGGAGCAAAGCGCGGUACAAACACCCAGGCCUAGGAGACAAUGCCCACUAUGCUGCUUCAAAAUAGACGACAAUGACACACAACUCGACAACCGGGACCCCAAGAGCGACAUAAAUAUUCAAAAAGCGCAAGGUACAGCUGAUGAUUCCGAUAUGACGGAUACGGAGAGAAGACCACGAAAAAGAGUCAGGUUUCACACACCUCCGUCACAUAGCUCUCGCAGCUCUCCACAACCCGUAAAUAACAUCGAGAGCAGAUCCAGUGAAGACAAGAGUCAACCACAACCACAACCACAACCUCAACCUCAAUCCAGCGAUAAAUACUCUAUGCAAGUUGCGCUCCAUGUAGCCAAACACCUACAGGCGCUAUGUUUUACGUCACUUCGACUAAGGGCACUGGAUCGAUAUACCAAUACUGAGCUAGAGGAAAAUACGGACUACGUGUCACACACUGCAGUUAGUUCUGCAGCUAGUUCGGCUCUGAGUUCACAAUAUAGUAGACUCGAAUCUGUCGCCGACUUCAGUCUUUUUCCUGGUGUGAAUAUCCCCGCGCAAACAGGGUUUAUAGAAUAUGAGCCUUUAUACUUGCAGAACAGGAGGAUUUGUCUUGCUAAUUGGGAACCUCAGUUCUCUCACAACGGCACAGACUCUCAGCCUCUCUAUUCUAGUUUCGAUGAUGAUAUUCCUCGCUCAUCAUCGGUUCUUGCGCAAUAUGGUGAAGAUGAAAAUCACUGGGUGCCAUACUCAAAUCAGGAGCUGCUUGAUCGUACCGAACCUUACCAAAUACCUUCCUUUGCAGGAGAGCAGUUCAGGUAUCGCGGGAUACACAUGGACCAAAUCAACAGCAUGAAUGUGGGCUUAUUCCAUGGGGGUGAGCUCGAUGUGCAGGAUUUAGCGAGGGAGAUGCCGCAAACUUCCCUGAGGAGUUAUGAUGUCCCAGGUCUCGGCAUAGAUCACGAUGAAUUACACAUUGAAGAUCAGCCAGUACAGGAUUCGGAUGUAUCGUAUCAUACACACGUUAGCCUUUUUGCUAACACCGAGACACACGUUGGCGAAGGUGGUUGGGAUUUAUCAUCGUGGCUUCAAAGUGUAGAUGGGGAAAUACCCGACCUAGAAAUCUAACGUUGGCGUGACGUCGCUGGUUUUAUAUAAAAGACGACCACGAGUUGCCAUAUGAGCCUUGAGUGCUCCCAUCUCGAUACGUCUUCUACGUCGGAAAGGCAAGGGUGAUGUCAGAAACAUAUUGCGCAUAUAUGCCUUAUAUAUGCCUACCUUAUUUAAUACACAGGAAAAUGAAAUUUAGGCGGCAUGUUAAGGGAUCAGAUAGCAGAGAAAAACAACGAAGUUGUUCCACGAG